CGACUUUGAUGUUCGUGUGUCAAUCGACGCCGAUAAUUUUGCAUUCUUCAAGAUUUUUUCGGGCAAAAUUUCUCACGAAAGGAAGGAAUAUUGCAUUUGCUUUUAUUUUUUCUUUCAAAAGAAUUUGUUAAAGAAAAUCCGUGUUUAUUUAAGUGUUAAGUGUUGUGAUUGUGCUAAACGAGAGAAAACGGUUUUGUCAACGAAUUUUGACAGUAUUUCACAACAGAAACGCCAAAAGAACGGAGAGCAACAGCAACAACAAGAAGAAAAGCAAAGCAUUCAACGUCUAAGACGCAUUUUUGUCUCCCCCUUAAUGUUUUGUAUAUAUCUUUAUUAGACUUCAAGGAAUAAAAAUUACAUUUUACCCUAAUAAAACAUUCAAAUUGGAUUUGAAACCAUUUUGAACACCAAGUUUGGCAGCGUAUUUUACAUCAUAAUUGGUAAAUUGCAGCAAUAAAAUUAGCAAUUAACGCUUUCAAGAUACUGCCACAAAGCAAAAUUUCUUUUGCGUCGGCCAAGACAAAGGAAACGGAUAAGGUUUGCGUCCCCAAACAACAUCUGGAACACGUUUCACUAUGGCUAACAUGAUUGGCAACAAUAACAAUCCGAACGCUUUAAACAACAGUAACAGCAUGCCGUUGGCGGCGGGAUCCAAUCCGAAUGCAAACUCAGCGGUAGGAGGCCACAGUGUGGGUGGCGGCAUAUCAAGUCUUCGUGAAAUCAGUGAUUAUCUGCUACCUAAUGGUGGUAUGAUAAAUUUGGCGCCGGGUCAGUGCCCUUAUGAUCAUAUCAUUGAAAUGAUACGAGGUCUAGAUCUCGACGAUGAUGGCAUUACAAUGAAUCACAAGAUCAAAUCUAUAGAGACCGAUUUCUGUAAUAUGGUCCAAGAUGAGAAUAUGCUUUGUGAAUCAAUGGCCUAUAUUAAUGACAAAGCUCUAGAGGAUGGAGAAACUGCACUAAAAUUUGCACUAUUAUUUGCCUCACGCAAUUUUGAUGUCUUGGCCAUGAAAGAGACCAAGGUGCGUACGGCCAUGUUAACGCUUUUACAAAAGAAUUUCGUCAAUUCUGAAACAUAUCGCUUGUACGAUCGUGAGCGUUUGUAUAAUUCAAUAAUACUUUUGGGUGAAUACUAUCAUCGAGUGCGCCUGGCUGACAAUGCUCCGAUCACAAUUUUGGGCGAAUCACUGCUGACCCUUUUGAUUCGGGAAAUAAGUGAGGAGAAAAAUGUCAAUAACGUUAAGUUGGUCAAAUUAAUAUUGUCACAAAUUACCUUAAAUGGUGGCCUUUUGCGCAACUUGCACAAUGCAGAUUUAUCACAACUUUUAUAUCUCAUACGGAAGAACUUGAUUGAACAGCCGAAUCUUAAGCCGAACGUUAAAGCCAUUAUGUUAAUGACUUUAGAUUUAUUUUAUAGCAAUUUUGAGAGUCUCGGUUCACAGCUGGAGGGCAUGUAUUCAAAAUAUCUAAUAAUGGAAGAUGACGACGAUCCGGAAGAUAUGGGUAACAAUAAUCAAAACUUGUCAUCACCUGCUCAACAACAACAACAACAACAGUCUCCAUAUAACACCUGCCCCACAACAACAAAUACCCAACGCCAAGGCUAUAGAAAUGAAACGUGUAACAAUUACGAUGAAGUUCCCCUACCAUCCUCUUCAAACAACACCAGCUAUGAAAAUGGUGAUUCAGGAAAUGUAAAUGAUAACACCGAAGAGGAUCAUGAUAACUACAAGCGGUGGAAUGAUCAGGAGUGUGGAGAUUCUUUGGAAGAGUGUGACAUAAAUGUGGGUAAUAGUGGCGGCGUUGCAGGACGUGGCGUUGGUCCAUACAGCAGAAAUGAUGAUCGAGAUCAGUUGCAUUCGUCCAAUAGUCGCCAUGAAAAUGACCCUGACAGAGAAAGUCGUAAUUCAAGGCGAUCAUAUCAACCAAGACAGUCGCCAAGGCCCUUGAAUCAGAACUAUAGUCGACAAAAUGAAAAUCAACAUCAAAGUGCAAGGGAUUCUCAGAAUAGCGGUAAUGAGGAACGUGAUGAAUCAAAACCUUUGCCUCGUUGGCGUGCACCUCGUUUCAAUCGCGACGACCAACACAAAGAUAAUCGCAGCCGCAAUGUGCAACGGCGAUUCAGUGGCAGUUUCGAUGAUGACCGCCAAAGUGUACGCAGUGACGGUGGCAGUAUCCGUUUGUAUAGUAUAAACGAUCGUCUCAAACAUGCUCAAGAGAAAAUCGAACGUUCGGGCAAUGCAAGCACUUACAGCGGCAUUGCAAACUCCAACUGGGAUCGUCAGUCGCAGCGAGAUGAUCGCAGUGAACGUUCAUAUAUGAGCAAUUAUGAACGGGGCAAUAACCAUCGUCGUGGUGGCCGGCAUUAUAAUCAGCGGCCAAUGUACGAUAAACCACCACGUUUCCAAAAGAACAAAGGUGGGGCCAACAAUGCGCAUAGUGGUGCUGGCGAUAAAAAUCAGUCGGAUACUUGGAGACGUUCUAAUAGCAAUCUUAAGUACUAUGAUGAGAAUUCACAGUACAACAACACAAAUGGCCCAGAAUCGAACAGUCGUAGCUCAUCGCGGGCCCGCACAUUGCCAAGACCUGCAAAAUCGAGAAUGGAUGGCGGAGGUGCUGGUGGCAAUUCAUACCGACGCAGUCAAAGUCCCAACAGCUACCAGGGUGGACGUGGUGGCGGUGGAAACCACCACAAUAGCCAUAAUCAUCACAAUAAAAACAGAACACGCCACUUUGGCCAAAGAUACAGUAGUCAAAGUAGUUUAGCCAGCGAAGCGUCCAGUACAUUUGAUCGCCAUACGCAGCAUCAUAGAAAUCGCUCAUUCUCAAGACGUAAUCCAUCUUCUGCCAUGCAACAAUCCGAACAGCCACCCCAACAACAACAAACACAACAUAUCCCGCCACCACCGCGCAAGGAGAAAGAGAACGAGGAUGAUUGGACAGACAAUGAGGCGACAAACAGCGAAUUGGUACGUAAUGCCCGCCAAACAACCGAUUAUAUGAAUUACUUAUCAUCAAAAUAAUAUGUUUGGUGUAAAUUAUUAUUAACAAAUACACAUAGUAAACAAAAGACGUUAUCUAAACGUACAAGGGAAUAAUGUAAAAAAAUGUGUGUGUGUGUGUUCGUACAAUUCCCGCCUAAAAUGUAAUGCAUAUGUUGUAUUUUUUUUUAAUUGCAUCUUUAAUGUUUCAUACAAUAUACAUAUAUAUAUUUCUUUUUUUUUUUUUUUUUGUUAUAAGAGAAUGUAUGUAGAUUGUUUUAAGUAACAUUACAUUUAUAUUUAACAGUAUCCCCUUUGGAAUGUUUUAUAUUUUGGUGAUAUAAUUGAUCAAUUACAUUUACGUUUCUUUUUCAUAGAUUCUUUCUUGAAUUUGUAACUGCUCUGUAUCUAUAUCUAAAUAUUUUUAUGUAUGUGUUUGUCAAUUGUUUUGUUAUAGAUUUCACAUUUUGUUUUAGAACCAAUACUUUUGUAUUUUAUCAAACAUUUUUACAGACAUUCAGAGGAAUGUAUACCACUAUCGCUUUGUUCUAUAUUACCUUUUUUCCGUAGAUAUCCCUCUUUAGAUAUUUUCAUAUUUUCUGAAAACCUUAUAUUUUGAAGUUGACUUUUUUUGAAAGCUUGCUAUGUAGAGAUGGCUCGAUAGAGAAGUUCAGGAACAAGUUUAUACCUAUGUUAUUAAAUUCAAUAUCUGUGCAUGAGUACAUUUAAAUGUGUGUAUAUAUUUUAUACAGAUACUCUCUAGCAUACCCGAGGAAACUCUUCUAUUUAUAGAAAAACUGUAGAAAUUCUUUUAUCUUCAGAAAACAUGUAGUAUAAAUUAGAUAUGGAAUGUAUUCCAUGAAAGAAAUAUUGCGGUGGGAUCAAUUGUAACCCUCAGAUUGCUGUAGCGAACAGUCCUCAGAAAGGCACCAGUCAAAGAUUACUUUCAUAGAGAUAAGCAUGUGAAAGGACCUUAUAUCUAUGGAAUAUAUGUAUACUCCAGCUAUAAAAUAAUUUAGAGAAUCUUUAGAGGCGAGAAGUCAUAAGGAAGGCAGCAGUCAAAGAGAACUUCCAUAGAGAUUAUCAUGUGAAAGGACCUUGUAUCUAUGGUAUAUAUGUAUAUUUUAGCUAUAAAAUAAUUUAGGGAAUCUUUAGAGGACAUUCUCUUAUUGGAGAUCGUGGAGGACCUGUGGCAGAUAUAUUGUUUCUUUAAAUCUUGGAAUUUUACACACUAAGAUAAAAUUUGGUAGACAUUUUAUGCAUACACACCUGUGGAAGGCAAAGCAACUGCCGAAGCCCAAAGACAUUUAGAAGAUACUUUUUUAAAUACCUUCUAUUUGCAGAAGACCCGUAGUAAUAAUUUUUAUAUACGAGCCUCUGGGGAAGAGAUAUCUACAGCAGAUCCGUGCAAGUCUUAGGACGAAUUAUGGAAAGUAUUUUUAACACAGACUUGUAUAUCCUCCACUUACAGAAGACUCGAUGUGGAAAAUCUCCUAUCCAUAAAGAACAUGAUAAGCAUAUUGCCUUUAUGUGAGCAUUGGAAUCUGUAGGAACCAAUCAACAGAAAUCCUACGAAAAAAUUUUUUACAUCCGAUUUUAUAUAAAUUUUGCAAUAUUUGUAUCAGUGCGAAAAUUGCAAUAUCGGUCCACUCUUUCUAGUACAUCCAACACGACGUGUCAGCUUUUUGAAACCCCAUAACCCUCAGGAAAUGCAAAAUGAGUAUCGACUCUUUUCAAACUUGUUACAUCCCAAUAUUUCUACCAAAACAAGAUUUGAUGUGAAGAUGGGGAAGAUCGGAACACGACGCUUUUUAAAAGUAAAAUAGGACUCCGAUUGUUUUUAAAUUUCGCUAGUUACAAUAUUUCUGCCAACUCUACAUCUUGAAUUAAUAUAUGAUAGAUCGCACCACUUCUUCUGGUAUCUCUCCCAUAACGGGCCAGAACUUUGAAUACCCAUAACCCUUAUGCUUCAAUGCAAAAUGAGCAUCCGAUUCUUUUCAAACUUGUCACAUCCCAAUAUUUUUAACGAGACAAGAUCUGGAUUGAUAAUUGGGAAGAUCGGACCACGCUUUCGAAUAAUUCCCCUACAAAUGGUAAACAUUUGGAAUUGUCUUCGAUUGUCUUCAAAAUUUGCAUGUUCCAAUAUUUCUACUAACUGUAAGAAGACCGGGAUAGAUCUGACAACUCCUUCUGGUACAUCCCCCAUAAAGGGUCAACUUUGAAUAAUUUCAGUCUUCUAAAAUGCGAAAAUAUUCCUCAGUACUAAUCAUAGAUAGCACAUUUCAAUUUAGUGUAAAGAUCGCAAAAUAGCAAAAAAAAUAUACAUAAAUAAAUGAUCAUAUGCUGAGGGUAUAUAUUUGUCGACUGACAGACCGACACUUUUUAACUUCCUAUUGUCCUUUUAAAAAAGAAAAAUAUUUCGAGAAAAUAUUUCGAUCUGAAAUAGAUCUAUUAAACGUGUCAUAUCUAAAAAAGUUGAAACGUCUUCCUGAAAUCUUAUAGACCUCUGUCGGGUUUUUCCUUCACUAUUUAUAUGGAACUUUUAAUCCUUCCGGAAAAUAAGAACACUUGAAACUUUCUGUAGCAUUACUUUUUAAUGUAUGUUCCAUACAUUUUAAUUGUCUGAAAACACAUUUCUAAACCAAUGUUGCAUGAACUAUAAGAAAACAAUAAUGAUGUUGUAUACGCUAAUGAAGAAGGUUGCAUGUAAUGUACAUUGUUUGUUAAAUUCAAUUCAAUAUUUAUUUAUAUAAACAUAUUUUUAUAAUAUUUCUAGUGAAUGUUUAUUUAGGAACCAAACUAGUUUCUUAAUUUAAAGGACGUUGUUGAAAUAAUAAUUAUUUAUGUAUUUUUUCGCCAACAAAUCACAACAGAUUCCAUGAAGAAAUAUUU